ACUUACCACUUCAGUCAUAAAGUUGGAGAGAAAACAACCAGAAGAUUUCUCUGGCACUUCACUUCUGAAAAAUUCCCCUUAAAUCUCUCUCCUUUCUGUUCUUCAUCACUGGAUUGAAGCUUUGAAUUAUUCAACACUAGAAUUCUUCAUAAACCCUUUUUUUCAGACGUUUUUCUGUGCUAUAAAUGUUUACGUUACACUCUGUUUACAGAAUUUCCUGAUUUUGUGAAUUCUGUGAUUGUUUUUGUGAAUUUCAAUCAAAACCCAUCUUUUUGGUGUGAAGAAAAUUGGGUUUGGAGGGGAAGAUGAUGCAUGCAAAAUCAGAUUCAGAUGUAACAAGUUUAGCACCAUCAUCACCAAUAUCAAGUCCAAAAAGUAGACCAGUAUAUUAUGUACAAAGCCCAUCAAGAGAUAGUCAUGAUGAUGGGGACAAAUCAUCUUCAAUGCAAGCAACACCAGUGUAUAACAGUCCCAUGGAAUCACCAUCACAUCCAUCUUAUGGUAGACAUUCAAGAGCAUCAUCAGCUAGUAGAUUCUCUGGUACUUUUAGAUCAUCUUCAGGAAGGAAAAUUAGGAAUAAGAGACAUAAUGAUAAAGGUUGGCCUGAGUGUAAUGUUAUUAGAGAAGAAGGUUCUUAUAAUGAAUUUGAUUAUGAUGAUGGGGUUUCAAGAAGGUGUCAGAUUUUUGGUGGGUUGGUUGCAUUUGUGUUUCUUUUUAGUGUGUUUUGUCUUAUCAUUUGGGGUGCCAGUAGACGUUUUGUGCCUGAGGUUGUGGUUAAGAGUUUAUCGGUCAAUAAUUUCUAUUUCGGAGAGGGAUCGGACAUCACAGGCGUUCCAACCAAGAUGCUGACAGUGAACUGUUCACUGAAGGUGCAUGUAUAUAACCCAGCAACAUUUUUCGGCAUUCACGUCAGUUCAAGUCCUGUCAAUCUCAUCUAUUCGCAGAUUCCAGUUGCAAAUGGCCAGUUGAAGAAAUACUUCCAACCAAGAAAAAGUCGCAGAACGGUAUCUCUGAUGAUAGAAGGAACUAAGGUUCCUCUAUAUGGAGCAGGAGCAAGCUUGGCAGUGUCAGAUAACAAAGGUGGAGUUCCACUCAUGAUAGAAUUCAGAAUUUAUACACGAGGUAAUGUUGUAGGUAAGCUUGUUAAGUCAAGACACAGGAAACACGUUAGUUGUCCUGUGAUAAUUGACUCUAGUAUCACUAAACCAAUCAAAUUCAAUGAAACCGCGUGCACAUACGAUUAAGAUUUCCAUUUCAUUAGGAUAAAAGUGGUAUGUUUCUCGCUAUGAAGAGUGUAUCUUUUAGGGGAAGAACUCAUGUUUACUGUUAAGUUUUUUCACAAUAAUGGGAUGACUACGUAAUGGUUUUAUCUGCUAUUACUUUAUGAUGAUGUUAAGAGUAUUUUUGUCA